AGAAUAUCCCGACAUACCCUUUCUGCCAUCCACUUUGCCCUAGAAGAAGCAAUUCGUACUCCGUUUCCUUUUUCGCCUGAUCCCGAGGAAGAGAACGCGUCUAUGUCAGCAACGAUGGCUUCGGGUGCCCCAGGUCCCACGCCGGUGGCUCAAUACCCAGCAUCGGCAGCGAGUACACAGCAUCAACAACGCGGACACUCAAGACAGACGAGCAGUGCUCGCCAAACCCAACAUCAGCAACAACCACACCAGCAGCAGCAGCACGGCGGUGACCCUUCCGCUGCGCGUCGAGAGACGAGACCGAGGGGCGCAAGCCAAUCUACACAGCAGCAGCAGAAUAUGGGAGUUAGUGGGGGAGCAGGUUAUGCGGAUGACCGAGGGCCGACAGUGAGGGUUGGCCAGCCAACCACUGGACACGCGCGAGUUGCUAGUGGCGGAUCGGCGCAACCAAGGGUCCACGUUCCUCGGCCUGCAGCGUCGGGAGCGUCCGCGCCGAGUGGGGCUCAGCAAUCAGGCCAAGGAUACCCCUCUCAGCGCCAACCUCAGACUGCUGGCUCUUCUAAAUCACGACAGACGGAUCCUGCUCGGCCAGCGCCAGAGCAGUCCCGGGUUCAUCCGCAAGUGGUUCCAUCUUCAAAUCGUGUUCCUUCACAAGCUGGCGCCCAGCAACCGACAUCCUCAAAUCGCCCGAACUCGGCUACUCCCGGGGGAAGCUCUAGUCGUCAAACACAACACCAAACCAUAACCAGCAGUUUCCCGCAUGCAUUUGAGCGGUGGGAGCGGCUUUCUUCACGAUGGGAGGGGCUAACCGGAUAUUGGAUCUCGAGGUUGGAACAUAACAGGGAAGAGUUGGCUGGUAUGCCUCUAGAACAGGAAAUGGCUAGACAGAUUAGCGAUCUCUCUACUGCUGGUGCGAAUCUGUUCCAGGCCGUUGUAGAGCUACAGCGCCUUCGUGCUUCUUCGGAGAGAAAAUUCCAACGGUGGUUCUUUGACACUAAGGCUGAUCAGGAGAGAGCUAAGGAAAUGAGUAGCGAGCUGGAGCGUUCCUUG